UCUCAGGACUCUCUCUCUCAGAGCUCUAGGGUUUUUAGCAGGAGGCGAACCAGGUAAAGUACCAGAACUCGGAUAAAAUGGCUGCUCCGAUCGAGUCGGUUCAGUGUUUCGGCCGUAAAAAGACGGCGGUGGCAGUGACCUACUGCAAGCGCGGUAGGGGUUUGAUUAAGAUCAAUGGCUGCCCAAUCGAACUUGUCGAGCCGGAGAUCCUGCGUUUCAAGGCUUACGAGCCAAUCCUCCUCCUUGGACGACACAGGUUCUCGGGAGUCGACAUGCGUAUCAGAGUGAAGGGUGGAGGUCACACUUCGCAGAUUUAUGCCAUUCGUCAGAGUAUUGCUAAGGCUUUGGUCGCGUUCUAUCAGAAAUAUGUGGACGAGCAGAGUAAGAAGGAAAUCAAGGAUAUCCUUGUCAGGUACGACAGGACUUUGCUCGUCGCUGAUCCCCGACGCUGUGAGCCCAAGAAGUUUGGUGGUCGUGGAGCUCGUGCGAGGUUCCAGAAGUCUUACCGUUGAAUCAAAUAUGCGUUUUGGAAAAGGCUUCGUUGUGGUGGUUUUUUUGUUUCGGUUCUUUUUAUGCUUUUGAAUUUACAUGAGUUUUUUGUGUUGCAACUCUUUUAUCUGUUUUCUGAUAAAAUUAGAUGUUUUAUCGUAAUUGUUUUUACUCUUUUUCUAUAAUAUUAUUGGGUAUCACAAUGCUCUUAGUUAAUUGGAAACAUGGAUUAGAAAAGCGGUCUGAAUGAAUGGCAUUACACUUCUUUCGAA